AUGAUACUGUCACUUCCUAAUCUCCGUACGAUUGAGAUCGUUGGUGAGUACUCCGAAGAUCGGAGAGGUCCGCCUACAGCUCUAGGCCUCCUCCUGGAACCGGCGGCAAUCAAAGUACAGAAUGUACGUCUGAGAGGAUACGUUCCCGUGGAGUUUGUUUCGGCCAUCUGUAGGGCUUCAGCGUCUACUAUCGUCAGUCUCGAUCUCGGCCUUCUCGAUAAACCAGAGUUCUUCAGAGGCCACGAAUUGGAGCUGUCGGAGUAUGGAGAGACUAUAUGUCCGGUCUACAUUGGUCCCCGAGGUGGCCUAUGGCAUGACGCGGCAUGGCAUGAAUUCGCCUCGCUUACUCAUUUGCUACUUUGUAAGCCUGUUUGGUUCAAUGGAUUCCGCAAGAGACCCAAUGAUCUUGACUACGAAGCCCCUCAACUGCAACAAUGGGCGUCUCUCCUGCGGUCUAUUCGUCUCACCGCGGUAGAGAUCGUACUGGAACACCGAAAGAUAUUCGUCGACCGCCAUGACGAGGUCGAUGAGCACAUCAAAGCGGAUGAAGACGUCAAAUGCCCCCCUGAUAUCCGAUUUCGUCAUCGGGUGGUGGAGCAAGCUUUCACCGAACCAUGGCCAAAUCUCAAGACCUUGACCUUCCGUGGCAUGAGCUCCGCUAAAGGCGACUACUGGCCUAAAGCAGGACCGGAUGAAUCCCUAAAAGACUAUUCAAGGAAGCUGUUACCAGGAGUUCAGGUGAACCAGAUCCUAGGCAACUACAUGUUCUUCAACACUGAACGUGGCACAAUUCUCAACCAACAUGGCGCCGACGGACUGAAAGUGCAUCUCGAGUUCGACGGAAAACACGAUCUUGAGGCUCUCUACGACAGUGACAACUUCACUGAUGAGGGCGAUUGGGAGUGGAGGAGAACUUCAUUAGACUACUUGCACCACCUUUCAACGCGCGGAUAG